AUGCUCCUCCCGCUGUUCUCUUCACCAGCAAGAUCCGAUGUCGCCUUCAAUCUUCCCCGUCGACGCCUCUCCCUGGAACGCCGCCGCCACCACCACCGAAAGUCCACCCGCCUCCCGCCAACGAUUCAGAAAGGGUUAAAAAACCACAACGACAAGGAAAUUAUGCCUAACGAAGUUGGUAAAGGACAAAAAAAGGCACCGCAGGAACAAGAAGAAGAUAUCAUAUCACUUGCAAAUUUAUUCAGCUUUUCCCUUUCUUUUAUAUUUUUCUUCCCUUCGCUUUCCCCCCAAUUUUCUCUCUCUAAUCUGCGUGUGUGUGCGCACCAGGCUCGGCCAAGAUCGGAUAAUUUUUCGCCCAAUACUUCACAUCUUCGUCUUGGAUCAAGACAGGUGACUUAUAUUGAGAUCAAGACCUUGGGGAGGUGUACAAACUAA